AUGGAACCUGGACUGAACUCUCUAUUACAAUGGAGUAUCGAGAACUCGGAUGCUGGUCGAAACCCAGAGCAGCCGGUCAGAGAACCCAGAGGACUAUCAGCUGAUGUGCUGCGCUCGUUACUGGGCGGCCCAAGCGACGCCGACUUGAUGCGAGAAGCCAUGGCCAUCAUCGGCUCCUCCGAUCCGGACGUCACGCACGAUGCCAAAAUGACGGCCUUCGACAACCUCGAACAACUAGUCGAAAACAUUGAUAAUGCCAACAACAUGGAACCCCUGGGCCUUUGGACGCCACUGCUGGCGCAACUGGAGAGUCACUCGGCCGACUUGCGGCGCAUGGCGGCCUGGUGCAUCGGCACCGCGGUCCAGAACAAUGUCCAGGCCCAAGAGCGACUCUUGGCUCUCAACGGCAUCGAGAGGCUCGUCCAGGUCUCCCUCGAUGACGCGGACAGGAGUGUUCGAAAAAAGGCCGUCUACGCACUUAGCUCGGGCACCAGAAACUACCAACCCGCCAUGAACCAGGCCGUAAAGCGGCUGCCCAAGGAUAUUGUCGGGCCAGACCACAUCUCGGCGGCGGAUAUGGACGUGAUUGAUGCCAUUAUGGGCAAGCUUAGAGAUAGGGAAUGA